CAGAAUGGGGGACGGGAGCUGGGUGUGCUUGAGCCCGGCUGAGUUCUCCCAACUCCAGAAGUACAGCGAGUACUCCACUAAGAAGUUAAAGGAUGUGCUGGAGGAGUUUCAUGGAGAGGGAGUUCUCUCCAAAUACAACCCAGAGCAGCCCAUCGACUAUGAGGGCUUCCAGCUCUUCAUGGCCACCUACCUCGAAAACGACAUCCCCGAGGAGCUGUGUCAGCACCUCUUCACCUCCUUCAAGAGCAAGACCGGCGGCUGCUCUCCCGAUGCGUCCCAUGCAGGAACAGCCAUGCUGGAGACCCGCUCCAUUGACGCAGGCAUCUCUAUACAGACCGAAGUGGCCUGUGCCCCCAUUACAGGGAUGAAUGGGAGGAGCAUCCUGUCCGCCAUGGGACGGCACACUCCGGAGCACGGCGGUGUGAUGGCCGCCGCCGGCUCUGGGACCACCGCCUCGCCCUGCUCGUCCCGGUCGUCCUCGCAGCGCUCCGGGAAGGGCGCCCAGACCCCCUUGGGGGGUUCCCAGCGGUCCCCCUGCACCCAUGGAAGGCCCGGCGAUGUCAGCAGCAGCAGCAACGCCCUCACCCCCAACUCGGGCCUCGCCCCGUCCCCGGUGUCCCCACGCCUGUCCCCAGAGAGGAAGCGCCCGGAGAAGCGUCUGUCGCUCCGCAGCAGCCCCUCGCCCCAGAAGGGCUCCCCGAUGCUGGCCUCCCCCCAGGUGGUCUUCCUGAAGGACAUCGUCUGCUACCUCUCCCUGCUGGAGAACGGGACCCCCGAGGACAAGCUGGAGUUCAUGUUCCGGCUCUACGACACCGACGGCAAUGGCUUGCUGGACAGUUCGGAGCUGGAUCGCAUCAUCAACCAGAUGGUCCAUGUUGCAGAGUACCUCGAGUGGGACUCGACAGAACUGCGACCGAUCCUGAAGGAGAUGAUGGAGGAGAUCGACUACGACCACGACGGCACCGUCACGCUGGAGGAGUGGAUUAGAGGCGGCCUCACCACCAUCCCUUUACUGGUCCUGCUCGGCAUGGAGACGAAUGUCCAAGAGGACGGGCAGCACGUGUGGAGACUGAAGCACUUCAACAAACCGGCCUACUGUAACUACUGCCAUACCAUGCUGCUGGGGGUGCGCAAACAGGGCCUCUGCUGCACCUUAUGCAAGUACACUGUUCACGAGCGCUGUGUGUCCAAAGAUAUCGCCGCCUGCAUCAGCACAUACGCCAAGUCCCGCAGACACACCAAUGCUAUGCAGCACGUGUGGAUGGAAGGCAACUCUCCCACCAAGUGCGAUCGCUGUCACAGAAGCAUCAAGUGUUACCAGGGCUUAACGGGGCUGCACUGCGUGUGGUGUCAGAUCACUCUCCAUAAUAAGUGCGCAUCCAAUGUGAAGACGGAGUGCGAUGGAGGGGCCGUGAGGGACCACACUCUGCUGCCCUCGUACAUCUGCCCCGUCGUCUUGGACCGCCAUUCCGCGGUGAAGCGUGGUGAGGGCGACUCCCCGCCCAGCACCAGCCCGGACGACGCCAACCACACCUUCAAAUUCAACCCCGGGGACGGCCAGGCUCUCCAGAUCAGCCCUCUCCCAGGCACCCACCCUCUCCUCGUACUGGUCAACCCCAAGAGCGGAGGCAGGCAGGGCGAGCGGGUGCUUAGGAAACUCCGGUACCUUCUGAACCCCAGACAGGUGUAUAGUCUGGACCGAGAGGGGCCCACUGUGGGGCUCAACUUCUUCCAUGACGUCCCUGACUUCAGGGUGCUGGCCUGUGGAGGGGAUGGCACUGUGGGCUGGAUCUUGGACUGCAUAGACAAGGCCAACUUUGCCAGGUAUCCCCCGGUGGCCAUUCUGCCCCUGGGCACGGGGAACGACCUUGCCCGAUGCCUCCGCUGGGGAGGAGGCUACGAGGGGGGCAGCAUGCUGAAGCCCCUGCGGGACAUCGAGCACAGCAUCGAGUUGAUGCUGGACCGCUGGAACAUCGACAUCAUCGCCGAAGACAAGGAGGAGAAGGGCGACCCAGUCCCCUACAGCAUCGUCAACAACUACUUCUCCAUAGGAGUGGAUGCCUCUAUCGCCCACCGCUUUCACCUGAUGCGGGAAAAGCACCCAGAGAAGUUCAACAGCAGGAUGAAAAACAAGCUGUGGUACUUUGAGUUUGGCACCACAGAGACCAUCUCAGCCACCUGUAAGAAGCUUAAUGAAUGCAUCGAAGUGGAGUGCGAUGGGAUCAUCUUGGAUCUCAGCAACACGUCCCUGGAGGGCAUCGCUGUGCUCAACAUUCCCAGCAUGCACGGCGGCUCUAACCUGUGGGGCGAGACCAAGAAGAGGCGGAACUACAACCGCAUGAGCAAGAAGGUUCCGGACCGAGCGCAUAGCAGCACCGUCACCGAUGUGAAGGAGCUCAAGUUCUGUGUGCAGGACCUGAGCGACCAGCUGCUGGAGGUGGUGGGUCUGGAGGGGGCCAUCGAGAUGGGACAGAUCUACACGGGGCUGAAGAGUGCCGGGCGAAGGCUGGCUCAGUGUGCCAGCGUCAUCAUCAGGACGUCCCGGCUGCUGCCCAUGCAGAUUGACGGAGAGCCCUGGAUGCAGCCCCCCUGCACGGUCAGGAUAACGCACAAGAACCAGGUGCCCAUGUUACUGGGACCGCCUCAGAAGACGCCCUUCUUCUUCUUCAAGAAACGCAACAGGAGCCGCGACUAGGAGCCAAACACUCUCCACACACACACACAUACAAACAUACACCAAUACACACACACACACACACACACAAAGCUCCCCCCCCCGCAGCUCUGACAGACGACGGUUAUACUGUUCUCGGAUUGGAAUACCGAACUGGGUCGCCAGUUUUGUCAAACGGAUUCCAUUCCGACUGGAAAGGUUUCCCAGUGUCUAUGUCCCCGGCGUACAUUUCAUUCCCAAAAGAAAAGAAAAUGAAAGCGCUCACGCAGGUAUACUGACUUAUUAGCCUACUAUGUAACAGUCGUUUUCUAGUCCUCCCUCUCCGGAGGCGAUGACCCUACCAGGGACCAAGUCCAAACGCUCCGUCCCCCCUAGCAACAAGGCCAACAUUUGGCUACAAGCUCCACCCCUCGGAGUGGAAGGCCACAGCAUUCAGCCAUGGGCAAGUACUAACACCAGCCUCCUUCCAUCAUUGCACCUCCGACUGAACCAGGAUGAGCACCAGAAAACGGACGGCUAGCGAGAGAGACAUUGGGACAGGGGUGUAUGUCGAAUGGUUUCAAGAUGGAGAACAUACCAGGUGGAGGAGAGCGACACUUGCAACGAAAAGGAAAAGGAGAGACGGAGCCCUGAGAAUGGUGGUGA